AUGGUUUAUGAUAUAGUCAAUCUUCAAGCUGCCACAUCCACAGAAAAUCUCCGGGCUCUUGAGGAAGUCAAGGAUUUCUAUACGACAGAUCUCGGACGGGGGGGCAAGAAACGAUGGACUUAUCACAUGCUGGCAGAGGCUGCACUUAAUGUUGAGCUGCAUCGCAUGUCCAAUGCGACCUCAUCAACAUUUGUGGACAGCGUCACUUUUCAGCCAUGCGCGGCUUACGCUGAUCUCAAUCAAGACCGGUACAGCAUCGAGGAGUGGGAGCUCCCUGGCGGAGUUUGGCAAUUCACGGCAAUCUAUGAUGGUGCUCUUAAUUCUUUACGAACGUCAUACGUAUUCCCUUGCAGAACUAACGGCCAGAUUUUUGUAGGUCAUUGCGGCCAUGAUACCGUAAAUUAUGUCCACGAGCGGCUUCCCUCGAUAGUCAGGACCUCACUGCAAGCUCUUCUUCAGCGCGUGCCUAUCACAUCCCUAAAGCCGGAAUUUGUCUCGGAGGUUCUGUGUAGCGCAGUCAGGCAUCUAGACCAGGCUAUUCUUUCUGAGCUUUUGGACUUCUUGCCUCACGACCACCUUACACAAAUGAGCGACACCCAAGUCGACCAACACAUCUCACAUCAUUAUUCCGAAUGGAAUGCUAUAUCGACACUCUGCACUCAAGGCUCGACGGUACUUUUGGCUUUAUCUGACCCACUAAAGAAAAAUAUAUGGAUCCUCAAUCUGGGAGAUUCCAUUGCAGUUCUUGGCAGUAGAUCCUUGUCUGGGAAAUGGUCCGCAACGAUCGUCAAUUCUGUACAUAAUUGUAACAAUCGCUCAGAAAGUCAGCGCAUACAACAAGAGCAUCCAUUAGAGCAAGCCUGUGUGUGCGACAACAGAGUACUCGGAUAUCUGGCUCCGACUCGAGCGUUGGGAGACACAUGGCUCAAGGUUCCUUCAGUCUACACUCGCCGCGCCUUUGCGCCGCACUUGCAAGACUGGUUAUCGCCACGUCAGGUAGCACAGUAUGCCAGUCGCAUUCUUACUCCUCCAUAUAUAUCCGAACUCCCUGAGGUCUAUCACCACUCCCUCGAUAUCUCUCAACACGAACUACUCCUCAUUCUGUCAUCUGAUGGCCUGCAGGACUUGUAUGACAAUAAUGAUAUCCAAUUAUCAGACCAGGAAAUGGCAGACCAUUGGGUGGGUUUGGUUGGACACCACAUGCACUCCACCACAGACAUGGAAAUGCAAAGCAAUCUAGCGCUCAGGCUCCUGCGAGAUGCUGUUGGCGGAGAUAACACAGAGCUUGUUUCCAGAAAUCUCACCUUGGAAAUGGAAGAUAAAUGGAUGGACGAUGUCACAAUUCUAGUGCAGCGAUUCCAGUAG